AUGUGUCCUGAUGUAGCUCCACCCACAAGUGUUCCUCCUGCUGUAACUCCCCCCACAAGUGUUCCUCAUGAUGUAACUCCACCCACAAAAGUUCCUCCUGAUGUAGCUUCAUCCACAAUUGUUCCUCCUGCAGCAGCUCCACCCACAAGUGUUCCUCCUGCUGUAACACCCCCCACAAGUGUUCCUCCUGCUGUAACUCCCCCCACAAAUGUUCCUCAUGAUGUAGUUCCACCCACAAGUGUUCCUCCUGCUCUAACUCCUCCCACAAGUGUUCCUCCUUCUGUAGCUCCUCCCACAAGUGUUCCUCCCCUCCCUGCCUCAGAAAGCCUGGAUAUAGUAACCUAUUCUCUGCUACCUAUUGCUACAACCUUAUAUUCAUUGAUAAAAAAACCUUCUCCUACAUAA